AUGAAAAGAUGUUUGACUCCAACCAUCGAGAUCAUACCAAUUUCACCUGAACAACAUCCACCAAACCUCGUCUAUAUCAUCAACUGGAUAUCUCAGCAUCAAGAUUUCAACGAUAUUAAACCUAAAAUUGAAUUACAUAAAGCUAUAAACAUGACGGCGUCCACGCGAGCUUCGACGGGCCAUUCCAAGCCACGCGUGCACCUGACCGUGUCCACCGAGCCGGAACGCAAGCGCCAAAGCGGCAACACCACGACUACCCAUCGCCACACCGGCGUCAAGAAGCGGACCGGGGCAACAAGAGCCCCGGCUACCCACCAUAAGCGGAAGCCACACCUAAGCGAUAAGAUUGAGGGUGCUGCUGAGAAGUUGGUUGGUAAGAUCACACGCAGACCGGGGAAGAAGGCUGCGGGGACACGCAAGAUGCGCGGAACGGACGGGAAGGGUAGCCAUGUUAAGCGGGUGUAA